CGGAGACCGUCGCAGGCACCCAGGUUCCCCAUAAGGCUGCACAGAGGACCCCCUUGACUGGCGAUGGAGGGGGGCCCAGCAGUCUGCUGCCAGGACCCCCGGACAGAGUUGGUGGAGCGAGUGGCAGCCAUUGACGUGGCCCACUUGGAGGAGACAGAUGGCAGCCCAGAGCCCACCAGGAACUGCGUGGACCCUCCACCGCGGGCCAGAGCUGUCUCCGUGAUCCCCGGCAGUGCUUUGAGGCACCCCGCAGCCCGGCCCAGCCUCUCGGCCAGGAAGUUCUCCCUGCAGGAGCGGCCAGCAGGGAGCUGCCUGGAGGCCCAGGCUGGGCCUUAUGCCACAGGACCUGCCAGCCACAUCUCCCCACGGGCCUGGCGGAGGCCCACCAUCGAGUCUCACCACGUGGCCAUCUCAGACGCAGAGGACUGUGUGCAGCUAAACCAGUACAAGCUGCAGAGUGAGAUUGGCAAGGGUGCCUAUGGCGUGGUGAGGUUGGCCUACAAUGAAAGUGAAGACAGGCACUAUGCAAUGAAAGUUCUUUCUAAGAAGAAGUUACUGAAGCAGUAUGGCUUUCCACGUCGCCCUCCCCCGAGGGGGUCCCAGGCUGCCCAGGGAGGACCAGCCAAGCAGCUGCUGCCCCUGGAGCGGGUGUACCAGGAGAUUGCUAUCCUGAAGAAGCUGGACCAUGUGAAUGUGGUCAAGCUGUUCGAGGUCCUGGAUGACCCAGCUGAGGACAAUCUCUAUUUGGUGUUUGACCUCCUGAGAAAGGGGCCGGUCAUGGAGGUGCCCUGCGACAAGCCCUUCCCUGAGGAGCAAGCUCGCCUCUACCUGCGGGACAUCAUCCUUGGCCUUGAAUACUUGCACUACCAGAAGAUCAUCCACAGGGACAUCAAGCCGUCCAACCUGCUCCUGGGGGAUGACGGGCACGUGAAGAUCGCCGACUUCGGCGUCAGCAACCAGUUUGAGGGGAACGACGCUCAGCUCUCCAGCACGGCCGGGACCCCAGCGUUCAUGGCCCCCGAGGCCAUUUCUGAUUCCGGCCAGAGCUUCAGUGGGAAGGCCUUGGACGUGUGGGCCACUGGGGUCACGCUGUACUGCUUCGUCUAUGGGAAGUGCCCGUUCAUCGAUGACUAUAUCCUGGCCCUGCACCGCAAGAUCAAGAAUGAGGCCGUUGUGUUCCCAGAGGAGCCAAAGGUCAGCGAAGAGCUCAAGGACCUGAUUCUGAAGAUGCUAGACAAGAACCCUGAGACGAGAAUUGGGGUGCCAGACAUCAAGUUACACCCCUGGGUGACCAAAAAUGGGGAGGAGCCCCUUCCCUCAGAGGAGGAGCACUGCAGCGUGGUGGAGGUGACCGAGGAGGAGGUCAAGAACUCAGUCAAGCUCAUCCCCAGCUGGACCACAGUGAUUCUGGUUAAGUCCAUGCUGAGAAAGCGUUCCUUUGGGAACCCGUUUGAGCCCCAGGCGCGGAGGGAAGUGCGCUCCAUGUCUGCUCCGGGAAACUUACUGUCGAAAGACGGGUGUGGCGAAGGAGGUAAGAGCCCAGAGCUCCCUGGCGUCCAAGAAGACGAGGCUGCGUCCUGAGCCCCUGCAUGCACCCAGGGCCUCCCAGCAGCACGCUCAUCCUGCGCCUCCAAAGGCCCACUGCCUUCAUGCCAACAGCCGCCCCUGCGGGCAGGGGGCUGGGGACUGUGGCCCCUCUCCUGGCCCCCCUCCCCCGUCGUGCUGCAUGACCUCCGCGCGUGCGUUCCAGGGACAGGAUUGGAAUGUGUGUCAUCUGGGGUUUGGGGGGCAGGGGUCCUGCAAGGCCUUUCUCCUCAUCCUGGCUCUCCCUGGUGGGACCCAUCGUAUGGGGAAGCUGGGUGACCGUGGUGCCUUAGGAACCCCACCUGGCUGGUUGGCAAGGUCCUGGGGCGGAAGGCAGGAAACCAAGAUGGCAGGUGGAAGCCUGGUUUACCACCACUGCAGAGACCUCCGCUAACUCAGGGGCCAGGUGGGCGUGGCUCAGCUGCCACACGCACAUGGAGGGGUGUACCCUGCCCCCCUCGGGAUGCUGCCAGAGCUCUUACCUACUGAGAACACUGACAUGGAGGCUCUGAGCCCUUGGUGGGUGUUCCUGGGCCUCACUGGGCCUGGGGCCAGCAUUGGAGAAUCCAGAUUCCAUUUUUGUUAUCUUUUACUUUUGUCUAUAACUUGGCACAGGAGCUGGAUGCCAAACUCUGUUUGGAAACACGUAACAAGCUUUCCUUCAGCUUUGGGUGGUUCCCAGCGCACCCACCAUGAUCUUGGCAGCCAAGUAGACUGGACUCACCUUCCUGGAUUGUGUUUCAUGCUUGACAUUGUCCGGAGAAUGGGCUAAGUUGAGGGUCUGAGCAGAGGCCUGAACCAGGAACACUACCCUUCCCAGCCUACCUCCCUCCCUCCUGUGUGGCUUCCCAAAGCCAUGGCUGCAGAAGACACGAGGGGCUGACAUCCACCGAGGGCCCUGAACUCAAAGAGCUGUGGCCUUGCAGAUGCUGAAGUAACUGGAAUCCAACCUCCGAUCCCGAGCUGGCCUCCCCAUCUGGUCCUGGAAGCUGCCCUCACAUUCCAGUGAUGAAGGACCAACUGCCCAGGUUGGAGUUUGCACUAGAGGCGGGACCCUGGUGGGGCAUGCACGCUGGCAAGUGGCCUCGGAGAGGUGGGCCUUCCGCCACUGCCUCACCCCAGGACAGUCACCAUUCCUCCUGGUUGGAGCUGGAGCAGACCUCUCUCUGCAAUCAGUGGCUGGCUGGCUGGCUUGGCUUUGAUGGACCAAAUGCUCAAAAGACUGACACCCUCCAAAGGGAAAUAGAGCAGGACUCAGAUACCUGCCCUGAAAUCAUGGGCCAAACAAAGGAUUUCAGUCGCCUGCAUGAGGUUGCCAUUUCAGGAGCGCUUUGUCAAGAAGGAGAGGAGGCGGGGCUGGAGGAAUGCCGCGUCCCGAGUCUCUGUGCCUGUGGGUGUACGUCGCGCCUCCACGCACAUACCCCGUGCGUGCCCAUCUGCUGCACACAGCAUGUCUUGCACUGGCACAUGCAUCUGUAAUAUAGUUUCUAUGUCUAUUUAAGGCUCUGAGCAGAACGUGGCCCGUUGUCACUGGGUCCACAUUUCUUCCUGCUCCUCUGCACUAAGGCAUUGUAACCCAGGGCUUAAACAAUAAUUCGGAACUGUUCUUAGCACUUUUAUAGAGUUCAUGGGAGACCAUUCAUCCAUCAGCAUGUUUUCCUGGAGCAUCUCCAUGCUGGAGCUUGGAGAGUGGGGGUUUCAGGGACCCCCCCCUGCCCCUCACAGAGCCCAAAGGUGGGCCCAGCUUCAUGGCCCGUGUUGGAGCGCCAGUGGGGUGGCUCACUCCAUGGCUGAGGGUUUUGGUUGGUAUCAUUGUUUCUGAAGGUAGCACAAGGGAUGGACAAACUCCAUAAGAGUGUUUUAAAAAUUAACUUCCCAGGAAGUGAAUUAAAAACAAUAAAAGCCCUUUCUUGAGUUUAAAAAAAAAA